UGCGCACUACUCCAGCACGCCAGGAAUCGACUCGUUUUGCUCGACUCCGCGAGUCACUGCGUUCUAGCAGAUUUGACCCGCUUUCUGGAUCACUGAGACACAACGGACCUCAAGCGACACCGAUGUAGUAGUUGUCAUAUCGCCCCCUACCUCAUACACUCGGGAGCGACGACAGGUAGACAGACUUCCUUUGGUUUCGCUUUGUUGCUGUGACGGUUGAGAGUCGAAGCGUGAAGAUUUUCUGGGUUUGUGACUGAUGGGACGUGAGGAUGACGGAGGAAGGGGAAUCUUGCUCGGUGAACUCGCAGUUCGCCGUCUCUGUUCUCGACCAGCUGAAGUUGUUCUACGAGGAGAAGUUACUAACUGACAUCACGCUGCUGGUGGAGGACCAUGAGUUCCACUGCCAUAAGAUCAUCCUGGCCACGUGCAGCUCUUAUUUCAGGGCGAUGUUCAUGAGUGGACUGAGUGAGAGCAAACAGUCACACGUCCACUUGAGGAACGUGGAUCCCAUAACACUGCAGACCAUCAUUGCAUAUGCUUAUACGGGAAACCUGGAAAUUACACACAGUACAGUGGAGUUACUGUAUGAAACGGCUUGUUUUCUACAGGUGGACGGCGUGGUAUGCGCUUGCCGGGACUUUCUCCUGCGCUCACUCUCGGUGGAUAACUGCGUGCGUAUACUAAGUCUGGCCGACGCGUUCGGCUGUGCCGAGCUGAAGCGCAGCGCCCAGCGCGUAGUGGAACUGAACUUUCGACACGUGUGUCGGGGCGAGGCCUUCCUGCAGCUCUCUCACACUCUGCUGCUGGAACUGCUGGGCAGCGACGCGCUGGACGUAGAGCGCGAGGAGACUGUGCGACAGGCAGCCGCGCUGUGGCUCGAGCACGACGCCGCGCACCGAGAGCGCCACCUGUCAGCCGUGCUUAGCCUCGUGCGCGUUGACGCCUUGGCCGAGAUCACGCAGCGCGCCUGGUUCCGCGGCUUACCGCAAAACCACAAGUCCAUCGUGAUCCAGGGACUGUACAAAUCCAUGCCCAAGUUCUUUAAGCCGCGAUUAGGCAUGACGAAAGAGGAAAUGCUCAUUUUUCUAGACACCGACUCGGCAAGCGAUUAUAACAAUCACGACUUACACCGUCCUCCUAGCGAGUUUAACAAUCUGCAUUUGCGCCGCUCGCCUAGCAACGACAACGAUUUGCCUUUACAUCACUUGCCCAGCAGUAACGACGAUUCCCAGCGCUCCAUCACAUGCUACAGCCCCCAAGCUGAAAAAGUCUACAAGCUGACUAGCCCUCCAGAUGACCUGCGCAGGUUUGGGAUCCUCGUCACGCCUGAGAAUGAUGUGUUUGUUGCCGGAGGCGAACAGCCGGUCAAGAAUGGCAAAUGGAAGGCAGUGCAGAGUUUCUAUUGGUUGGAUGCACAGCAGAACGCAUGGGUGGCGAAAGCAGCCAUGUUGAGCGCCCGCACACGCCCCACGCUCGUCUUCUGCCACGGGUUCGUCUACGCCAUCGGAGGAGGCGGCGGCGGCGGCUACGACGACAUGGGUGGAAGCCAUGAUGACGAUGUCACGAUGGAGCGUUACGAUCGCAGUCGAGACGAAUGGAGCGCAACAAGCCCGAUGCCAACUCAUAGCUCUUUGAGGCAGAACAACAUGGCGGCCGUAGCUGUUAACGACCGUGUUUACGUGGUUAUCCGCGACGCUAUGUUUUGCUACUCGCCACGUAACGACGUCUGGACAGAAAUAACGGCGCAGAGGAGGAGAAUCUGUUUAGGCUCCGCCUGCUUUUUUUCAGGCACCGCCACCGCUGCUGUUCUCGGUGACCUCAUAUUCUACGUCAGCGGAGGAGGAGGAGACAGCGCGGCGGAGAUUUAUGAUACGAGUCGGGACGAGUGGCGCACGAUUUCCGCAGUGCCCGUCCCCGACGUCGACGGUGCAGCUGUAUCGGAGGUGUGCGUGCGGGCGGUGGUUCUACUUGAUACGUUGUGCGUGUUCAUGCGCGAACGUCACGGAGACUACACGCUAAUACGUUACGAUGCGACGCGAGAGCGCUGGCUCCGCCCCCAGCCAAUUCCCCGCCGUGCCCUAGGCCGCCUCAGCAGUCGCUUCCGCCUUGCCGUCGCCAAGCUCUACCCGUCCUGCCUCACCGAGUUGCCCUGGAAACCACCAGCAUGCCCGUUCCCCCCUGACGACGAGGAAGAGUUUAGCACGGACGGAGAAACCCUAGAGCUACCAGAUUUAUAAAGAAACAGCGGCCGGCCAUUUUAAAACCCGGACAGAGAGACUGCUCCAAACGGCGGCCGUCUUCAAUCCGAGCGUAGAGGCGUGUCCAGUAACGGUAUCCGUUUUGAAACGUUUGGAUGUUUACCUUUUUAAGUAAAGGCUGGGUGUUUCAAAUCAGAGCCAUUAACGACGUGCAAGGUAAUCAGUGCGCAGCCGUCCUAGCGAAAAAAGAUAGCCCAGGUGUUUCAAACGCACAGUGAUCUGCGUUCUGUUAGAAUCCCAGGUGGACCGUUUAACCAGGAAGCAGUACUCAUGGCAUCAAUCUUUAUUUCGCACCCCGUGGUGUUUAACUUAUUUGUGAGGUGAAGAGAAACGGUAACAAACAUCCAACAUGGCCUGGAUUUGUAGCAUCAAAGCAUGUAGUGUUUUUGUUCAACAGGUUUGCUGGGGGGGACACGUAGGGAAAAUAAUGAUCAUCCGAGGUAGCAAACGGCUGGAGGAUCGUUGUGCAGCGAGCGACGGCCAUCUUGAAUCCAUGGAAAGACUAUGACCUGCGCGUACAGAGAACGUUCCGGAUUUAAACCAUUCGUAACAUUAGCGGAACUGUAAAAAGAAAAAGUCACGACUUUGAGACUUUACCGUGGAACCGGGUGUCCGCCGGGACGCCCCCCCCCCCCCCCCCCCCCCCCACGCCUGUGAUGUCACCACUGACCGUGUGUACAUGACGAUGUAAUCGAUGGUGUUGAGCCGAGCUCAUCGUCGCUCCACAGACUGAUUUCUACUGUUCAUUAAUGUGUUGUUACUAUUUCUCCUUUCUCAAUGGUUCUGAUGAUGAUGAUGAUGAUGAUGAUUAUGAUGAUGCACUUGCUUUCAAAUCUUCCACAAUAUGGCUGCCGUGUACAGGUGUGUGUGUGUGUGUGUGUCUUGUGUGUGUGUGUGUGUGUGUGUGUGUGUGUGUGUGUGUGUGUGUGUGUGUGUGUGGGGCUUUUUUUUUUUUUUUUUUUUUUUUUUUUUUUAAGUAAUCAGAGUGUGACUGCAGGUUCGGUCAUGUACAAUUUUUUUUCUUUUUUUUUUUAAAAAUAGGUAAACCUGUCAGCUCUGAUCCUUAUUGCAUCUACACCAACCUCAGUGUGUGUGUGUGUGUGUGUGUGUGUGUGUGUGUGUGUGUGUGUGUCUAACGGACUGAGUGGACUUGCACACUUCGUCUAACGGUAUCACAUUUCCAUCAAAUGCUCAUUUACGCAAAUAUACACAGUUGGAAGGGGGAGGGGCUUAAGCUUAAAUUAAAUCGACCAAUCAAAAGAAGUUGAUUGUGACAUCAUGAUUAGCUUUCUCUUUUUUUUUCCUCUGCGUUUUAAAAUAACUGAACUUUUUUAAUUACUACAAGAGAACGGUUUUACCUACGUCAGCUCACUUAGACGCUGAGUGAGCGAGCGAGCGAGCUUUGUCAAGCCGACCUCAUGAACUUUUCCUUCCGCCGUCUAGUCGCUGGAGUGAAGCGGGUUCACACGUCACAUCUUUACUCGUUUGAAUCGAAACGCUGGUGGCUUUAGUCCCUGUUUACUGACUUAAAAGUACCAAAUUCUCCAGAUUCAAACUCCUGAAAACUGACUUGCGAUGUUCCAGCACGUAACGGUAAGUAGCUUUAGAUUCUCUAGCAUGCAGGCUAACACUAAGUGAAUGUAUUGUGCAAUUAAAACGAGUGGUUUGUGCUAGGCAGAAGCUAGCGGUGAUGUCACUUUUAACGACUUGUUUAAGCCUCGCCCACCUUCACGCUGAGAAACCCGUCACUCGGCCAAAUUGGAGUGGGUAAAGUAAGCGUAACAAACGUGACGUGUUCCGGCCGCGUCCCAAACCGGUAGUCUAGCACAAUGGCAGCACUCUACAGUAAACUAUAAAGGUGAGCUGGAGAUACCAGCUAAAUCUGCUGUGAUUCGGAUUCGUGUCCAACAAAAGGGACACGUUUCCGACUUUGUCCUCGGUCGGGGCUCGAGACGACGCAGAGGAAGACUAUUUUUACAGGCGAAUCACCUUAAUCAGGCCGCGUUACUAUUUGCUUGGGUAAAACAGCACCGCGCCUUUCAGAAUCUAAUUUCAUCGCCUCUCCGAGAACCGGCUAGCAUCCAUAACCAACAGCGAAGUACUAAUAAACCAACCCAGUGUUACCCGCUCGACUGCCAAAGCAAAGAUUUAAACGCGACUCCUACAGGUUGCCAUGGUAACAGAAAGGCUAAUCUGUUUAGCUAGCCUGUUUAGCAAGCUUUUUGGUUGCGGUUGGCGGUCGGCUGAAAACUAGCGUGCUUCCAGUGGCACGUUUUGAGGCACGAUCCGGGACGCUGCCCACGUCCGAGUCCUCAGACCAAAACACUUUUGUUCGCCAGACACUCGGCUGUCUUCACUUCUGUUAUUUAGUGCAAGUGAGUGUGGUUUGGGAACGCAACCCAUGACUGUGGCAGGCAGGUUGUCGUUAGUGUAACUUGACCCCUCAUUUGGGACGAAGCCGAUGAGGUCCUCUCUAGAACAUUCUACAAAGCAGCAGUUGAUGGAAACACUUUUCUGUAAGAUAACUGUUACCGUAGUGUGUGAGAACGAUUGUGUGGGUGUGUUCUGUUUUUUUUUUUUUGGGGGGGGGGGGGGGGGGGGGGGGGGGGUUGAUGGUUUUGUUGUCAGAGCCUUUGCCACUAUAACAGAGGGAUUAUGGGUAACGUGGGGUUUAACUGGUUACCGAGUGUGAGGAUGUAGAUUUCCGACAUACACUCAGCCUGUCCCUCAGCACUGUACUACACACACACAUUUAAUUUAUUAUUAAACACCUCACAAACA